CUCACUGUCUUCCUUUAAAUAAGGCCUGUAGACAAUCCAUACAUGCAUUCUGCAGACAUCUCGCUCCCUGCAAGAAGACCUGAGCCAUAUCUGGAGACGUCCUGGUGAGCUGCUCUGACUGUGAACAGAAGAACCUGGAAGAUCAUGGCAACCACUCCUGCUGCUGCCUUUCAGGUCCUUGUGAAUGGAGUGAGAAGCUGGAAUAUCCCCCCAGAGCCCCUCCCUUCUGAACUCCUUCUCAUUGGAGAAGCCACCUUCCCAGUGAUGGUGAAUAAUGAGGGCUGUGUGGUCAUUGCUGCCUCCUCCUUUGGCCAAGGCCGCCUCGUGGUGGUGGCCCAUGAGGAGUACCUGAUUCACGCUCCCUUGGCUCCAUUUCUUGUCAAUGUUGUGUCCUGGCUCUGUCCCUCCCCUGAAGCCUCCACUGGAGUGAACCCCUCCCUGGAAUCACUAGUAAAACUCUUGCAGGAUGCUGGGGUUAAGGCACGGGUUCAGUUGGAACCAGGCGAGUCCAUGGGGGUUUACUGCACCAAUGCCUAUGAUGACAGCAUGACUGAGAAGCUGAUCCAGUUUGUAAAACGAGGAGGGGGCCUGCUCAUCGGGGGUCAUGCCCAGAGUUGGGUUGAGAAGCAUGGCAGUGAUAAGGUGCUCUCUGAGUUCCCUGGAAACCGGGUGACAAGCGUGGCUGGCGUGUACUUCACAGACUCCAGUGUGGACAGAAGGCAGUGGGUUGUCUCUGAGACAGUGCCCACCAUCUCAUUCCAUGUCACGUGCGGGGAGAACUUCAGGCAGGAUCAGAAGCAGCUCCUGGAAGGCAUCACGGAACUGGACCUCGACAGAGGGGGAAUCCCCUCAUACCUGCUGGUGCACGGGCCCCUGGCCUUUCCCCUGGGGCUGGACAGCUCUCUAAACUGCUUUCUAGCAGCUGCCCGCUAUGGCCAUGGUCGUGUGGUGCUGUGUGGCCAUGAGAGCAUGGUAUAUGAAAGCAGCAUGGAAAAGUUUUUGAUCAACGCUGUACGCUGGCUGAAAGGGCAGCAGAAGGGGAAGGUUGGGGUGAGUCCACAAGUGAAAGCUUUGGGCAACUUGUUAACAAAACACAACGUGGAGUGGACCAGCACCACCCUUCCAACCCACGACUUGAGCGUCUACUGCUGUGCCUCACUCCACGACAUGAAUGCCAGGAAGGUGGAGGACUUUGUUGCAGAAGGUGGAGGGAUACUGAUAGGCAGCCAGGCCUGGUACUGGAGUUAUGAUAACCCAGAUUCCAACUAUAUGACUGAGUAUCCAAGUAACGGGUUCCUUAAACGUGUUGGUCUUGGCAUUUUAAUUGAGUCAGGCAAUAAAGGCUGCUUCCCAGUCCCUAAGCCAGAGAUGUUGAAUUACCACAUCCGAAAAGUUCUACCCCAAUUUGAAUCCAUGCUGUUCAACAAUGGAAAGGUGUUAGAGAAGACCUGGCUGGAGAAGCUAAAAAAAGAUAUCUCCAAUAUGUUUCAAAUCCCACACAAUGGGAUUCCCAUCUAUGAGUCCAUGCACCAAAUCAUCCUGAAAAUGAUCAAACAAAAGGGCUUGCCCACUGUGGAUAAAGGAAACCCCAUCAGCAGGGCCAGCCCUCAGGAUCUCCUGACAGCCUGGGCCCGAGAGCUCUUCAAAUCUGGAACGCCCAUCUCUCUCUUGGUUGGUGAUAACUCCCCCCUCCCUUCCACGGAAUCUCCUGUCAGCAUUGAGAUCACCACAGACAACAGAGAUUCCUGGGUAAGCACCGGACUCUACUUACCUGAGGGACGAACUGCAAAAGUGACAGUGCCCGAGAAUGCUGUUGCUGCAAAACUGAAGGUACAGAUUGGCUGCCACACGGAUGACAUAGGUGCAGCGAGCACCUACUACCGCCCCCCUCUGAUGACAUACCAGUACUACUUAAACGAAACAAACGAAAGCAUCUCCUGGCUCUGGGGAGGCCUCCUCUACAUCCUUGUGCCCCCAAACUACGACCUGGGCACUGUGCAGGUCACCAUCAGUGGGGCAGUGCGGGCUCCAUACUUCAAGCUGGGGAAGACGUCCCAGGAGGAGUGGAAGCGCUCUCUGCAAGGAAAUCCGGCACCCUGGGGCGAGCUGGCCACAGACAACAUCAUCCUGACAGUGCCGACUGAAAACCUCAAGUCUGUAAAGAACCCAGAGUCUCUGCUGCGGCUCUGGGAUGAGAUGAUGCAGGCUGCAGCCAAGUUGGGGGCAGAGCCUUUCCCCUACCGCAGGCCAGAGAGGAUUGUUGCUGACGUGCAGAUCUCAUCAGGUUUAAUGCAUGCUGGGUACCCCAUCAUGGGCCUACUGGAAGGAGUGCCUGGGGUCAUUGAUGAGGAGAGAAUAAGGAGGUCUGGUGUUUGGGCUCCCCUCCAUGAGGUGGGCCACAACUUCCAGCGAUCCCCGUGGGUGUUCUAUCCCCACACUGUGGAUGCCGACUGUAAUCUCUGGACUAUCUAUGUGCAUGAGGAGAUUCUAGGCAUCUCCAGAGACAGGGCUCACCAAGCUCUGAGGCCAGAAAAUCGGAAGCAGAGGAUCAAAAUGCACAUGGAUAAGGGAGCCCCUCUGAGUAACUGGGAAACCUGGACAGCUCUGGAAACAUAUCUUCAGCUCCAGGAGGCCUUUGGGUGGGACCCAUUCAUCCAGCUCUUUGCUGACUACCAGGUCAUCACCAAGUAUCCCAGUGACAACGCUGGAAAGAUGAACCUAUGGAUGAAGAAGUUCUCUGAAAUAGUGCAGAAGAAUCUGGUUCCUUUCUUUAAAGCCUGGGGCUGGCCAAUCCAGGAGGAAGUGACUAAUAGCCUGGCCUCCCUGCCAGAGUGGGAGGAAAAUCCCAUGAAAGAAUAUGUCAGAGACACCUCUGAACAUUCAUCCUCUGAAUGAAUGAAAAGCAUCAUUCAUUGGAUGCGACAAACUAAUCUUAAUUUCAAAUUUUUCCCAUAUUUUCCUAAUCAUCCUUUUUCAAGAUUGAGAUUAGAUAGUUUAUCUUUGAAAUAAAUAAAAAUUUAAAGUAGCUGAUUUUCUUUCUUUCUUUCUUUUUUUUUUUUUUUUGACAGGCAGAGUUAGAGAGAGAGAGAGAGAGAGAGAAAGGUCUUCCUUUUCCAUUCGUUCACCCACCAAAUGGCCUCUAUAGCCGGUGUGCUGCAGCUGUCAUGCCACGGCAAUCCGAAGCCAGGAGCCAGGCGCUUCCUCCUGGUCUCCCAUGCGGGUGCAGGGCCUAAGCACAUGGGCCAUCCUCCACUGCCUUCCCAGGCCACAGCAGAGAGCUGGACUGGAAGAGGAGCAACCGGGACAGAAUCCGGUGCCCCAACCGGGACUGGAACCUGGGGUGCCGGCGCCGCAGGUAGAGAACUAGCCUAAUGAGCUGCGGCGCCGGCCAAAUUAGCCGAUUUUCAAGAUAAGUCAUACAUAUAGUUGAAUCAGUUUUUCCCUAGUGUAAUUUUUUAACAAGUUAGUAUUUUGCUUUUUGAUUUAUUUGUUUAUCAAUUUUGCAUUUGUUGUUUUGGAUGUGAAGAACGGCUCAGGUACAGAGAACUAACCCAAAGAAUUUCUUUCUCUGAAUCCAUUUAGAGCCUUUUUCUCUAAACCCAAAAUUAUUUCAUAUGCUUUAAAAAUAUCUUCUGGCUAGGUGGUUUAUAAUGUGUAGGUGGUCAUACAGAUACUUGAAAUUCUAAUUUGGGACACAGAGAUUUUAUUUAAUUUCAAAAAUAUGUAACUCAUUUUUCCCAUGAUGAAAAAUCCCAGUUCCCUAAGACACUAAGACAAUGAUCCAUUUUCUUAUAUCUAUUCACACACACACACGCACACACACACAAAACAGUUGCAAAACAUAAAUUGUAAUGCAAAUACAAACAGUAUGCUACUGUCACAGUUGAUGAUCAUUUUCAGUUUAUUUUGUCCUCAUGAUAUAUUUUUAUUAAGUAUAUAAAGACAAUCUCAUUUGCUUGAAGUCCAAUAAAAUAGCUCUUCCCCUAUGGUUAUACAACUAAGUAGUCAUGUAUGUUAAUUCAUUUUGUUACUCUACUUUUGAUUUUUGAAAUUGUUUAAGAAUUCAAUUUUGUUUAAUAGUCAUAUGAAUCAAAAAUACAAUCAUAAGAAAUUU